GGACCCCAGAUACCGGCCUGGCGGGGCAUCUGCAGAUCCCCUCGGUCAGGGGCUGCCCCGCCUGGGCUGUUCGGAGCAGCUCCUCUGUAGGGCAGGGCCUGACCUCACCCCACACCCCAGUGGCUUCAGCUCCCUGCCCAGCGCACGGGCUGCCUCCAUCAGGGCACUUAAGUAGAGUCAAGGUUUGCGCCGACUCCGACUCCGUCUCCCAGAAAUCAACGUGGACCAGGCCCACUUAAAAAAUAUGCAUUAGUCGAAGACAGACGUCUCGUCCAUAGGUCCCCAGACUGUUUGUCCACAACGCAGGGCUUCUCUUUGUGGGCCUGAAAGAGCACACGUCAGGCAAGACACGAGGGCAACUUCAGAGACACUGUUCAGGGCCACGGAGAAUUCUCGAAGUCUGACUCCAGUCCCCGCACCACUCCAUCUUCCAGAGAUCUCCAGGGGUCCAGAAAUAACACCUCACAGCCUUCCAAGCUUCCCAAGGAUCCGGAGACUCCUUAUCUCGCAGCGCAAACCUCAGGCAACUACAGGUCCUCCCUGCACCUUUGAGGUGCCCCUCCCCCCAUCCAAGGUUCCAGAAAAAUCCAUGCCCUCGGAAACCCCAGAAUCUUACUUUCCUGAGGCACCCCCAGGACCCCAGGGUCAUCAGUUCACAGGGCCGUUAGUGCUCCCAUAAAACUCUAGCCUCCCAGAGGGACCCCAGCCCCCACCCUCCCGCCCACGAAACCCUGCAUUUCCAGAAUCAGCCCCAGGGCCCCAACCCCCGCAAGCCCCCAUUUCACAACACGCUGGCGCUACAGGCGCGUGACUUCCCCUUGCUUUGGGGCGGGGGGCUGAGACUCCUAUGUACUCCGGAUUGGUCAGGCACGGCCUUCGGCCCCGCCUCCUGCCACCGCAGAUUGGCCGCUAGCCCUCCCCGAGCGCCCCGCCUCCGAGGGCCAGCGCACUAUAAAAGAAGCCGCCCUAGCCACGUCCCCUCGCAGUUCGGCGGUCCCGCGGGUCUGUCUCUUGCUUCAACAGUGUUUGGACGGAACAGAUCCGGGGACUCUCUUCCAGCCUCCGACCGCCCUCCGAUUUCCUCUCCACUUGCAACCUCCGGGACCAUCUUCUCGGCCAUCUCCUGCUUCUGGGACCUGCCAGCACCGUUUUUGUGGUUAGCUCCUUCUUGCCAACCAACCAUGAGCUCCCAGAUUCGUCAGAAUUAUUCCACCGACGUGGAGGCAGCCGUCAACAGCCUGGUCAAUUUGUACCUGCAGGCCUCCUACACCUACCUCUCUCUGGGUUUCUAUUUCGACCGCGAUGAUGUGGCUCUGGAAGGCGUGAGCCACUUCUUCCGCGAAUUGGCCGAGGAGAAGCGCGAGGGCUACGAGCGUCUCCUGAAGAUGCAAAACCAGCGUGGCGGCCGCGCUCUCUUCCAGGACAUCAAGAAGCCAGCUGAAGAUGAGUGGGGUAAAACCCCAGACGCCAUGAAAGCUGCCAUGGCCCUGGAGAAAAAGCUGAACCAGGCCCUUUUGGAUCUUCAUGCCCUGGGUUCUGCCCGCACGGACCCCCAUCUCUGUGACUUCCUGGAGACUCACUUCCUAGAUGAGGAAGUGAAGCUUAUCAAGAAGAUGGGUGACCACCUGACCAACCUCCACAGGCUGGGUGGCCCGGAGGCUGGGCUGGGCGAGUAUCUCUUCGAAAGGCUCACUCUCAAGCACGACUAAGCCUUCUGAGCCCAGCGACUUCUGAAGGGCCCCUUGCAAAGUAAUAGGGCUUCUGCCUAAGCCUCUCCCUCCAGCCAAUAGGCAGCUUUCUUAACUAUCCUAACAAGCCUUGGACCAAAUGGAAAUAAAGCUUUUUGAUGCA